AUGCAAGAAUUCUCAAAUGUCUCAACACAACUAAAGAACUCACUAUCCAAGGCACUAACAAUUUUCUACCCUCUAUGUGGUAGAAGAAGUGAUAUCUUCUCAAUUGAUUGCAACGACGAAGGCGCGAUUUACAUGGAAGCUUCAAUAAAUAUGGAAAUGGAAGAGUUCUUAAGUCCACCAAAAUUGGAAUUAAUAAACAAAUUGCUUCCUUGUGAGCCAAACAAGACACAACCUUACAAUGAAAUAUUACCACAAAUUUUAGUCCAAGUGAACAUUUUCAAGUGUGGUGGGAUAGCUAUUGGUUUGUGCAAUCUCCAUACAAUACUAGAUGCAUAUUCUUGUAGUCUAUUCUUGAAAACAUGGUCUUCUAUUUGUAAAGGUUCAAAUGAUGAAAUUUGUGAGCCAAAUUUCUCAAUUGCUUCUUCAGCUUUCCCUCCAAGAAACACCAUUGGUGUUAGGGCUGGUGUGAUGAAUAUUAACAAAGGAUUAGAGAUAGAAGUCAAAUGCUCUACAAGAAGAUUCUUGUUUGAUAACAAAUCAAUUAAUGACUUGAAAGUCGCGUCGACAAAAAACAAUGGAAUUAACACAAAAUUACCAACAAGUUACAAAGUAGUCACUUCAUUUAUAAGCAAGCACAUGAUUGUAGCAUGCAUGAAGGAAUUUUGUGAUGAAAGCAAGAGGCCAUUGGUAGUUUUACAUGUUGUAGACAUGAGAAGAAGGAUGGGAGAUAGUUUGUUACAAAAUUCUAUUGGAAAUUUAAUAUGGCCAGCAUUGAUGAUUUGUGAAAAUGUCAAUAAGGACACUAAUAUUAGUGAUAUGGUUAAAAUUUUGGAAGAUGAAAUUGGUAAGGUUAAUGAGGAAUUGUUUUUAAAAUUGAAAAAUGAUCCUAGGUUUUUAUGGAGUGAUGAGUGUGCUAAAUUAAUGCUUGAAGGUAUGGAAAAUGAAAAUCCAAUAUCUUUUGUGUUUACAAGUUGGGGAAAUAUGGGAUUCAAAGAGAUUGAUUUUGGUUGGGGAAAGCCUUUAUGGAUAGCUCAAAGAGGUGGUACCAAAGAAACUAUUCCAAAUACAGUUGUGUUGAUGGAAACAUAUGAGGGAAUUGAGGCAUGGGUGACAAUGGCUGAUAAGCAUUUAGAUGACUUGGGAAAUGAUACUGAAUUCCUCAAAUUUGCUUUGCUUAAUCCUAAUAUUAAUUUCAAUUGUGUAGUAAUUUAA